AAACAGUUGUUGGACUUCAACAGGCUAAGCGAAGGGUAAAGCUGGACGAAAAAAAAAAAAAAACAAGCUCACCUGACUUCUCCAGGAGACCGAUAUACUCUCGAGACCGGACUGGUGGGAAUCUCGUCUCUACAGCCUUAAACAGUUUGCACUUUAGCCCUCGGCACUAUUCCGUUAACGCUAACGUGGUUAAGGUUAAACAACAUGCUGCUCAUUGCUCGGAGUGUGACGCCUGUUUUUUUCCUCGCUGCCGCUGGUUGAGGGUUGUGAUGAGAGCAGAGUUGCAGCACGACAGAGGAGGGUGAGACCAAGAGAGCUACAGUGGAAACAUAUAUUUAUUUAUUUUAUUUUCCUKGUGAAAGAAUGGACUUGAAGGAACGAACGGAAGCAGGCACGCGACGGCACUCGGGCCUGGACGUGCUAACAAAUGUUAGCUUUCUUUAAUUCAUGUCGACUUGGUUCGGUGUCGGAUUGUAAGCUCACCGUAAUGGAGGCACCUUGAGUGUCUUGUUUGUUUCUGUGUUGGCCUGGUCCUAUUUAUUACUGCUGGCAAUGUGUUGACUAAGGAGACUUUCGUCGUUUCUAAUUUGAAGCAAUAGAGCACAGUGUUUGUUACCUGCCUGGAUAUUAAGCCAAGUUUGCUUUAUGUCUAAGACUGAAUCAGUAUCUGUUUUGCACAGGUAUCAUCACACAGUUCUGGUGUUAAUGUUUAUAUGAAAUUGCACUUUAAUUAGUUGAUUCACCCAUGUCUUGAUAUCAGCUGUUUAAAAACAACCUCCAGUAAGUAAUAUAAUGUAAAACACUUGAGUGAUUUUCCAGUAAAGGACAAAUAYAGGUGCUCAUCAGCAUAAAUUGUUGUAAGGUCAGCAAGCAGAAAUAGUCUUAUCUAUCUUAUUUGGUAUUUAGUUAGUGUUUAACUUUGUCCAUUCGGUGUAGCACAGUUAAAAACUGAGUUUCACUCGAUAUGUAAAUAUGAAUAUCGAAGAGAAUCAUAUAGAUGUGUGUAUUGUCAAAUCAAAGAGCAGCGUGGAUGAUGAUCAUAACACUACAAACAGCACAGAAGGGAUCACCCCUUGGAUCUCUGACAUGAUGACAGACAGUGACRGGGAAAAAACAAACCUUGUUCCCACAGAGGACUCUGUAACCACCCUGAUGCCUGGACUCGCUGACAAUCUUCAGGCUGCCGAAGAAGAUAACAACCAGUCACGAGACACAAUGAAAAUUGAUGAAGUCAAUGGGAAUAAAAGGAGCUGUGCCCAGGAUUCCUCUGCUGUAGAUAAUCCCACUGACUUGAUCUUGUCUAACGAUGAGCAGCACAGGUCUGUUAUUAAGGAGGAGAAAAUGAAGGAUAGUGACUCGGCAAGAGUUCUUGUAGAAGAGGGGGAUGAUGGUGGGGAUAUGGACAUGGGUGUGGAUCUGAGUCUGGAUGAAACUGGCGUGCUGGAGGCUGAAUCUGCAAAUGUUCAGUCAAACACGAAUAAUAUUUCGGACUCUGUAUCCACUCCUCAGGAUGCAGCAUCUGUUCGAACUGUAGAAAGCCAAGAAGAUGCAAUGCAGACAUCCAGCACUGAGGCCUCUGCCACUAACCAAGCUGGACUGUACCCCUUGGUGGAGGAUGUGGACGAUAAACAGAAACCUAGUGGCAAAAAGGUGACAUUUCCUUCAGAUGCGGAUAUUGUCUCUGGAGCAGUGGAGCCUAAGGAUCCCUGGAGACAUGCUCAUAAUGUGACGGUGGAAGAGAUCCUCUCUUCCUAUAAACAGGCCUGUCAGAAACUUAACUGUAAGCCUAUACCCAAAGUGCUCAAACAGAUUCAGGAACUUAAAGACCUGACACAAAGAAAUGAUUGCUUAGAUCUAAAAGGUGAGAAGCUGGACCACAAAACCUGCGAGUCUCUGGAGGAGAUUUUAAAGAGAGUCCAAUUUAAACUUAUCGACCUGGAGCAGACCAACCUGGAUGAAGAUGGUUCAUCCGCACUUUUUGACAUGAUAGAGUACUACGAAUCGGCAACACAUCUCAACAUCUCCUUCAACAAACACAUCGGCACACGAGGAUGGCAGGCGGCUGCUCACAUGAUGAGGAAGACAAGUUCUCUCCAGUAUCUUGAAGCUCGUAACACUCCUCUACUGGACCACUCUGCUCCGUUUGUAGCACGAGCGCUGAGGAUCAGUGGCAGCCUGGCCAUCCUUCACCUGGAGAACGCCGGUCUGUCGGGCAGACCGCUCAUGCUGUUGGCUACGGCCCUGAAGAUGAAUAUGAACCUGCGGGAGUUGUACCUGGCUGACAACAAGCUCAGUGGUCUUCAGGACUCUGCUCAGCUCGGCAACUUGCUCAAGUUCAACUACAACAUUCAGAUUCUGGACGUUCGCAAUAAUCACAUCCUCGACUCUGGGUUGGCCUACCUGUGUGAAGGACUGAAAGAGCAGAGGAAGGGCCUGGUCACCCUGGUGCUAUGGAACAACCAGCUCACACACAAUGGGAUGGGAUACCUCGCUGCUGCACUGCCAUGCACCCAGAGUCUGGAGACUCUAAACCUCGGCCAUAAUUCAGUCAGCAACGAAGGAGUCCUGAAGCUAAAAGAAGGUCUGAUCGCCAACCGCUCUCUGCUCAGGCUGGGGCUGGCAUCCACCAAGCUGACCUGUGAAGGAGCUGUCGCCGUGGCUGAAUUCAUUGCAGAGAGCCCCAGACUGCUGCGUCUGGACCUCCGAGAGAAUGAGAUCAAAACCGGCGGGCUAAUGGCCCUUUCACUCGCUUUAAAGGUCAACAACUCUCUGCUGCGUCUCGACCUGGACCGAGAGCCCAAGAAGGAAGCUGUGAAAAGCUUCAUCGAGACGCAGCGCGCCCUGCUGACUGAGAUCCAGAACGGCUGCAAGAGGAACUUCAUUCUUGCCAAGGAGAAGGAGGAAACUGAGCAGAAGAUGAGGAUGUCGACCUCCAUGGCUGAAAUUGCCACAGAGGAUGGGAUGAAGGAAGAGGAGGAUGAAGAGGAGCCAGCACCUGAUGAGAGGAGGGAAGGAGAUGAUAAAGAGGGAGAGGAAGAGGCAGAGGACAAAUCACAAACAAGUAUCCAGUCGAGCUCCAAGACCAGCGUCUCCCCAGCAGCUCUGGAGUCAGACUCCGACACUGACGAUGAGGACGAAGAAGAGGUGGUGACGUCUUCCAUUCCUAAGUCCUCCACUUGCUCAAAUCAGACUGCUCCUCACGCCCCUGCAGCGGCCCCCCUCAGUGCCUCACGUACUCCCUCGCCCCCCUCAGCCUCACCUGCUGCAGGACCAAGUGUCAUAUCUGGGAUAACGGUCACAGAAGCUACAGUUCCUCCGGGGACCCCUCCCUCUCCUGGGCGCUGCAUUUCUGUCUCGAGUCCAGGCAGGGGGCAUAAGAUUUUUAUGGUAACGCGAGUAGAGUGCCCCCCCGAGCAGAAGCAGCAGCCUCAGAGAAGUGCUCCUGCAGCUGCCGGCCUGAAUAAAGGAGCCGCAGAGAGGCCUGUAGACUCAAACACACAAACACAGCUCAGCUCACCUGCUCCACCAGCAGACAGUAAAACAACAGAAGACAGUCCCACAUCGCCAUUAGAGUCUGCAACGAGUCCUGCAGACCCCCCCACUGCAGAGCCACGGUCAUCGAGUCGACCCUCAGAGGAGGGGGUGACGAGCAGAACUUUAGAUUCAGCUGCUGUGACGGAUCAGAGUCCACAAACACCAGCUUUGCCUUUGAAUUCUUCUCCAGUGCCGGCUGAAGCUCUGCUGCCAACGGAGGGGGUAGAUGAGGACUCCAAGACCCCCAAACCCGAGGCCGCUUGUCUAGAAGGAAACAAGGAAGGAGGAGAAAAGGAGCUUAAUGUUGGAGAUGAUAGGCGGGUAGUCCCAGCGGAGAGCUCCUCAGCUGAAGUGGAACAGCUUCAGAUAGACCAAACUUCAGAGGAGCAGCUGUCACCAAAGCAGACGUGGUCGGUGCUCUCUCAGCAGGAGCUACCCAGCAGUGGAACAGAAACAGAAAAACCCAGUUCUACUCAGAAUGAGGAGCCAAACCAAGAGCAGGAAAGUCCAAAGCAGCGAUGGGAAACAGAAGCCGUUCCCUCAGAGCAGACCGAUCAGCAGGAGCCUGAAGGGAAUCCAGACUCUGCUGACGAGAGCUCCACAGACGAGUGUUUCGAUGACGCUCUGGAGGGCGAGGUGGUCGCUUCAGCUCUGCCCAACGGUCUGAAACCAGAGUUCUCCCUCCACCUUCUCGACAACGACAGCCCAAAGCCCGGCAGCUGCGUGAUGGAGCACGGUGAGUCUGCGGGCUCUGAUUUAGACAACAUGACAAGUCUGUCUGUUAACACGUGUUGUGUCGUUCAUGUAGUGAGUGCCAACUGUGGACAGGAGCUGGAGGAGCUGCUCCUGGAGGCCAGUAUGGACACUGGGAGAGACGCACCCUGAGCUGCUGAAGCAAACAUCUGGUCUGUGAGGACGAGUAGAAACAGCGCUAAGGUGGUUUGUCAGCCUCUGCAACACGACCGGUCGCCCCUACAAUGUUUGUCUUUUUGUUUGUUUGUUUGUUUUUGUUUCAACUCGACCACAAACUUCACGUUUCCUUAAAGAACCAAUGAGUCAAAGCUCCAGACAUGACAAUAAAAAGGACAAAAAUCAUCCUCUGGAGCUUGGCCGUGGCAAAUAAGGAGUCAUCCACACUACACCAUCCACGUAAGAGACGGGGAGGACAAGCCCCGCCCCCCUACCCCUCCAUGUCGUCUCUACAUUUUGUCCGUUUGAGAGACAAAAAGACGGAGGAUAAAACACUAACCAAAGAUGUUUUUCUUAGUUCCCUGUCAGCUGUUGGACAAACUACUUGCAGUCAGUUUUUCAUAACUUCACAGAGAUGCAACACGGUGAUGAGGAACACGAGGUUCACUCAGAGGACAAAUCAUCAGCGAUGGACCCCCAAACUCCCCCUUGAUUCCCACUGAAAAGACCUGCUGGCUUUAAACACUUGAGACUGUAGGAGGUCGCUGUUAAAGGCUUUUAUAGGAUGUUAAUCCAUCUGUCUAAAUGUAAUCGUGUGUGGAUUCAUUAUCCACUCCUCUGCCCCCACCACAUGAAGCUGUAAGGGACCUCUGCCAAAGUGACUCACUUCCUGUUUGUUUUUCUUGUCCUCAGCGCAGUUUGGCUCCUCAGAAAUCAGCCGUCUCCUCCUUACCGGUGCCAUCUGAACACGCUGGAGCCCAGCCCCGAUCCCCCACCACCACCACCCCCGUUAAAACUGAACUACUGUUUAAAAGCUCAGAUCUAUAAUUUGUCCCCUCGGCUAGAAAAAUAAAGAUGAAAUAAAUUUCAGAAAGCAUGGCACUUCAUCACAGCUUUUGAUUUAUCGUCCUCCCUCCAUUUCCUCAGUCUUCCACUCAUUUGUGUUGCCGUCUCUCUAUUGCUCGUCAUUCCGCUGCUGGUUUUUUUUUUUUUUAUUCCACAUCUUUUUGGAGUUUUUGUUGUCAUGUUCUCCUUUCCACCGCCGCAUUUUAUCCAUUAUUUUUGUCCUGAGUUGCUUUUAAAGCCGACCUCUCCUCUCUUGUAGAUUUCCUGUUCUGAUUAAAGAGAUAAAUUAAAUUAGGGUUAGUUUCCUUUUUUUUCUUCUUCUUCUUCUUUUUUACUUUUGAGUUGGGGGGGGGGUAGGUUUAUUGGAAUGCUUUACUACUGGGAUGCAGUUAAAGGAAGCUGCAAACAUGUCGCUUGUUGCUGUUUUCCGGGUGAAGCGGUGUCCACAAGGGGGCGCCGGUGACCAUAUUUUGUUUGUGGGUCGUCAAACCUGAAGGAGAUUAGUCCGUUUUCCAGAGCAAGACAAUAAAAGUGAAUCUUUAAUAUCAACAUACAUGUCUGUGAGGAGAUCUGCCCCCACCCCCUGCCUUAAUUUUUACAAAUAAAGCAGCAUUUACCCCACCACCACCACCACCGCUCUUCUCUUCUCCACCCAAAUCAGUAGUUCAUCCCCCGCCUCUGUUUGUAAUGCUUUAAUUUUUAGACAUUUUUAAUAAUGAUUUGUUAACUUAAUUGAAAUGUGCUGGUAAUCACAAAGAUGUGUAUGGCGAAAUUUGUUUCUCUCAAAUAAAUGCAUGUAAUGAUAAAA